GCUCCAUGGUGAUGCGGCGAGCCUGUUGUGUGAGCGAGUGAGCCAAGUAAAGUGGACGGGGGAGGGUCGCCGGCAGGGGGGCGGCUUUCAGUCUUUCUCUGACUUACAAUGCGUCUUUGACGGCGCUCAGCGUUCACGGAGAACCAUGAGCCAACUUCGCCGGUCGUCUCCCAGCGGUGUGAGUCACUCUUGAGCCCCGAGAACGAGAGCUUGCUGCCGGACGGAGAGAGAGCAUGAAGCCGAGCGCCGCGCUCCCUGUGGUCGGCUUGACUGGGAAAUGGUAGCGUGCUGCGGGACCCGCACUUGGAAGGAACAUGGUCGAGAGGAGCAGCAAAUUCUUGUUGAUCGUGGUCGGAUCCGUGUGUUUCAUGCUGAUACUCUAUCAGUACGUGGCCCCCGGUGUGAUCAAUUUGGGCUCCCCGCACGGGUAUUUCACGGAGGAGGACGAGGGGGACAUCUUUCCCACUCCGGACCCUCACUACGUGAAGAAAUACUUCUUCCCAGUCCGGGACCUGGAAAGGACGAUUGAUUUCCAAAUCAAAGGGGAGGACGUGAUCGUGUUUCUGCACAUCCAGAAAACAGGGGGGACCACUUUCGGUCGGCACCUGGUUCAGAAUGUCCGCCUGGAGGUUCCGUGCGACUGCAGACCGGGCCAGAAGAAGUGUACCUGCUACCGGCCGAACCGCAAGGAGACCUGGCUCUUCUCACGGUUCUCCACCGGCUGGAGCUGCGGCUUGCACGCCGACUGGACCGAGCUCACCAACUGUGUGCCGGGCGUCCUCAACAAGAAGGAGAACAAGCAGAAGAAUCUGAGGAAGUUCUACUACAUCACUCUGCUCCGAGACCCGGUGUCUCGCUACCUCAGCGAAUGGAGGCACGUGCAGCGGGGCGCCACUUGGAAAACCUCUCUGCACAUGUGUGAUGGACGAACGCCCACGCCCGAGGAGCUGCCGUCCUGCUACGAGGGCUCCGACUGGUCCGGGUGCACCCUGCAGCAGUUCAUGGACUGCCCCUACAACCUGGCCAACAACAGACAGGUGCGAAUGUUGGCGGACUUGAGUCUGGUCGGCUGCUACAACAUGUCCACGGUUCCGGAGAAGAAGAGGGCUCAGCUCUUGUUGGAGUCGGCAAAGAAGAACCUACGAGACAUGGCCUUCUUCGGCCUGACCGAGUACCAGAGGAAAACCCAGUUCUUGUUCGAGCGGACCUUCAGGUUGCGCUUCAUCAGGCCCUUCAUGCAGUACAACAGCACCAGAGCCGCCGGGGUAGACCUGGACAACGCCACGGUGCAACGGAUCGAGGAGCUGAACGAGCUGGACAUGGAGCUGUACGACUAUGCCAGGGACUUGUUCCAGCAGCGCUACCAGUACACCCGGCAGCAGGAGAGGCGGCAGCAGCGCAUCAAGAACCACAUGCAGCAGAACCACCAGGGUCUGGGUCUGGGGGUCAGUCUCUGGCCCUCUCACAGCCGACAGAGCGCCGCAGCCACGCUGGAGGAUGGAGACUCGGAGCGGGAGGAGGGGGAGGAAGGGGGCAGAACAGAGGAGGCAGGCAGCAGGCUCCCCACUGAGGACUACAUGAACCAGAUCAUCAACCGCUGGUAGCAGCAGAAGGAACACACUCAACGCUGCGCCUGUGUCAGCAACUUAACUGUACAAAGGCGGUUUGAAUGGAGACCGGGGUUUGCAUCGAUGCCCAUUGUUAUUAGCACCCCUACCCCACCUUCAUAUUGCAGACUCAGCUGCGAUGUUUUUAAAAGUUGCCGAGCAUCUGACCCCGCCCCCUGCUGUUUCCUCUGUGGCCUGAUGUGGAGCAUGAGGAAAUAAAACCCCACUGAUGCUGCGCCGCUUAGACACUGAGACCAUGUGACGCUUUCUUGGUCGGGCCGUCGCACCCAUAGUCGAGCUUCUGCCUGGAGCUCCACCCCUCACGCCAGGACCUUCUGUUUGUUGUGUCCAUGCUUUAUUCAAAGCAGAUUUGUAAUGACACGGAGACCAAUGUUGCUGCCUACGGAAGAUGAAUCCUUUAUUUCUUUAUGUGUUUGGUCGCGUCCUCACAACUCCCCCCCUGUCUGAGGUCGUCCAACAGUGAGUCUCAGCCAGGUGGGAAGGUGGUUGCCGUGCGAGUGACCGGCGCUUCAGGAGCCCAGACUUGGAACCGUGCUUGAGAUUAAAGUGGUGAAUCCACCGGUCACCAUGGCCAUGUGAUUGUGAGCCUCCAAACAUACAUGCUGGCAUUUUCACUUUUUUUUUUUUUUUUUUUUUUU